AUGGCAGAAAGACAGCCUUCGAGAGAGAGCUCACCCUAUUCGUCGUGGAAAGGAACAAAGUUUGGAUCGAGUUUCGGAAACCUUUUCCUAUUGAACAGGGUUACUCUAGAUGAUGCUGACAACACUCUACUCGACUCUCUGAAUUGUACGCCUGAUCUGAUGUACAUCAUCGCUGUUUUGUCCCUCCACAUGGACAAAUUCAUCGAUUUUUAUACUGUCAAAGAAUAUAAUGAUUUAUAUGCCCGUAACGGAAUUAAUGACUUAAAUUACGACAUGUUAGUGAAAACUGUCGAUAGUGUCCAGAAGAUCGGAAAUGGCUUUGUAAAGCAGUGGAAUGAUUUUGUUCAGGCGAAAGAACUGGACGAACCGUAUCCUCUACAAGAGGCAAUUCAUUUUGCCCAAUCUUUGCAAAAAGAGCAACGCAUUUCCUUUAUUCGUUUGUUUAACAAGUGCUACUCGACAUAUUUCACUUCCUUCCUCUCCUUCCUCAAAUCCAUCACCACCAACCCAUUCAUCCACCAAAUCGAAACCUCCACUCGCGACCAACUCCUCCUCUCCAACGUCACCACCGACUCCCUCCUCCCCCUCACUCGCCUCCUCCCCACCUCCUUCACCUUCCUCCAGAGCAUGCAUCUCGGCCCUGCCCAGCUCGCUCAGCUCUUCGCGGUCGACUCGGCCUGGACCUCCGACCACAUCGCCCAAUCCAUCCGCCUCGCCAGCCUCGCCGGCGCCACGCCGCAGACCUUCUUCCCCUUCCUCCGCUCCCUCCAGACCGCUCAACUCGGCAUUGCCGACAUGGACCUCCUCGCCGACCGCGUCCCGCGGGACCUGAUGCUCGACGCGAUCGGGCUUUUCUGCGAGCACUGGGAAUUGCUCGCCCUCUUCGAAGAAGGGCUCGGCCUUUCUCUCGACGCGUCCUCGCUGCUCCGCUGGCUCCGCCACCACGCCGCGCUGCCCUCCGCGCGCGUCCGCGCCCUCCUCACGCACCCCUCCGCCGCGCGGCUGCUGUCGAGCACGUGGGAUCCCUCGAUUCCCGACGCGACGUUCGCGUCGCUUCUCGGUUUCUCCGUUUCGCAGAUCGAUUUGAUUUUGCGCCACGCCGCGCCGCUUCUCACCGCUCCUUCUCUCCGCCUUCUCCACGCCGAUCCCCGCGACAACCGCCUCCAGCUCGCCUUCUCCUUCGCCUCCCGCGAUCCCCGCGGUUCUUCGCUCGCCAUCGAGGAGCACUCGCUCUGGAAUGCCGGGCAGCGCGACGGCUGGUGCGAGCAGACCUACGCGGAUCCCGCGGGGAACCGCGUACGCGAAGCGGUGUUUUUUUCCGCGGGGAGCGAGCGCGGGAGCCGGCUGCGGUGGAGCACACAGAAGGGCCAGCCGGGCGUGGUGCUGGUGGAGAACGGGCAGGAGAUCGCGGUGCAGCAGGAAGCGCUGGGCGUUCUGUUCAAAGCGAGCACGCGGACGGUGCCGCUGCGGUUCUAUUUCGUGUUCCGUGACGGCGUGCGACGCAUCUCGGACAACAACGGACCCGAUCUCGCGUAUCUGGCAAGACUGAACGCGGAUGGAGCGCCGUUCAGCCCCGAAUUGAUGGUGCAUCUGCGCGAAGCGUUCCGCAAUCAUCCCGUCGUCGCCAACUUCGCCAUCACCGAUGAUUGUGUCGCGGGACAGCUGGACGUGCCGCUGGUGCCGAUGCCCUCCGUGUUCGCGAGCGGGAAUUUCCCGAUUUUGAUGGAAUUGCUGACGAUGCUGAAACCGGCGCGGAAGGACGGAAUGAAGUUCCAGAUGAAAGACAUGGAGUUUAAUGGGGACGCGACGCUGAAUCGCCAGCUGAUGUUCACGAGUUGCAUUCUGAGCAAUGUGAAUUUGAAGCGUUUCUGCAUUACCGCCGAAAUGCCGCAUUUGCGAACGAUCGUGAUUGAAAACUGCAUGGAAAUUACGGAUGUGACGAUCUAUGAGAACACGAUUAAGGUGAUUGAGAAGAUUACCAUUCGGAACUGUCCCAAGCUGUGUUCUAUUGACAUUAAUGGUAUUGACGAGGAAGAUGUGGAGUUGGAGGAUGUUCCGAAUUUAGUUGGUAAGAAUAUUCAGUGCUAACGAUUGUGAUGCUC